AUGAACCUCACCCCGCUCGUCCACACGGCCCAGCUCCUGGGCCUGAGCACCUCCAUCUUCCUCGCGGGGGUGAGCUUCAGCACCUCGCACCUAGCGCUUCCCGUGCUGUAUAGCCUGAAGGAGGCGGAGCCGCAGGGCGCCGUCCCCGCCGCGGCCUUCGCCUCGCUCUACCACCGCGGCGCGCGCCUGGCCCUGCCGUUCGCUAUCCUGUCGACGCUGUCCUCGGCCCUCGUGGCCACGCAGACCGCGAGCCGCGAGCGCGCCGCCUGGCUCGUCGCCGCCCUGGCCACGCUCGCCGGGGUGCCCCUCACCCGGGUCGUGUUGGUGGAGACGCGGCGGGCGCUGCUACGGUUCGCGGGCGGGGAGACCGGGGAGCGUGAGGCCCUCAAGGGCGGACGGGAUGUCGAGAGUGAGGAGAUCGCGAGGCUGGUCAAGCGCUGGAGGAUCACAAGUGUCAUCAGGGGCAAGCUCGCGCUGGUCGGCGGGUUGGUGGCUGCUGGCGCUGUGGUCUUUGGAGUCCGGGGUUCAGUGUAA